AUGGAUGGACUCACCGAACAACCAAAGCGAUUGGUGACCAAGGAGGAGAACUUGAUUCCCGGAUCGAAGCACAGAUCCAAAAGCCCCCUCGUGAUCGAGCUCUUAGAUCAGAGAUGGGCGCCAUUGUUGAUGGUCAAAGUGACGGGGGAGGGGAGGGCAGGGAGGGGAGAGCCAUUUCUCUUUUGUGUAUCAAAGUGUUAUCCGAUAUGGUUCUUGGAUAUGUUAGUGAGCGGAGAAGAUUGGUUAAUCAUCCUCUUUGCUCCAUCCAAUCCUUUCACCUCUGAGGAGGAGAUGGAGCCUCCGGUUAGUAGUUCUCGGGGCCCCAUGAGCUCCCUUCUUGGGAAGCUCGACUCGAUUCUGGAGUGCCAACAGCUGCUGCGCAACCCAGUGAGAGGGGACUUCGAGCUUCUGAAAGAAGAUCUGGCAGGCAUAUACACCUUCCUCCUAGAGAUUUCAGAUGAGGAUGACCCUAACCUUGUGAAGAAGUACUGGAUGAAGGAAGUGCGUGAGAUAUGCUACGACGCUGAGGACUAUAUCGAUUGGUUGAUCCACUCUGCAGAAGCCAAGAUUGGGUCCGUUGGCGUAGUUCAUCGUCUCAAGAUCUGCCAGCUUCCCUCCAGGACACUGACUCCACGCCCUCGUCUCAAGAUCACUCGCCUUCCUAGGACACUGAUUCCGCGCCCAAGGAUAGCCAACCAAAUCAAGGAACUAAGAGCUCGUCUUGAAAAUGCUGGUGAACGGCACAAGCGGUAUGUCCUUGAUAACAAUACCUUCUACUCCCACUCCCACAGUUCUAGCAGCCCCGUGCAUAGCCAUAGCCAUUGGAUUCCGGAGUGGUAUAGGGAGGCUGUUAGCAUCCUUGUCGGUAUCGAUGAUUCGAAGAAAAAACUUAUCAACCUGCUGAAUAAUGGAGAGAAGAAGCUGAAUGUCAUAUCUGUUUGUGGGUUUGGAGGGAUAGGAAAGACCACGCUUGUGAAACAAAUCUUUCAAGAACUUGGGGGGCAGUUUGGAUGCCGUGCUUUUGUGAGAGUGUCUCGCAAGCCUGAUACGAGGAGUCUGCUCAGAAGCAUCCUCUCACAAACUGGGUGCCGCAACCAUUCUGAAGCUUGCAGCAUACUACAACUCACUGAUUAUCUCAGGGAGCAUCUGCAACAGAGAAGAUAUCUUAUUGUAAUGGAUGAUUUAUGGGAUACAACAGUUUGGGAAUUUCUUAUACGUGCUUUUUCAGAUGGUACUCAUUCCAGUAGAAUAAUAACAACGACAACAGCUGAGAACGUCGCUAUGACAUGCUGUGGUAAUCGUUCUGAUUAUAUCUUGAAGAUGGAGCCUCUUAAUGAUAAUGAAUCAAGAAAAUUAUUUUUUGCACGAGUUUUUGGCUCUGAAAAUAAGUUCCCUGAACAAUUCAAAGAUGCUUCCUAUGAAAUCGUAAGAAAAUGUGGUGGUGUUCCUCUAGCAGUAAUACAUAUAGCUGGACAUUUAGCACACCAACAAGACAAGUCAGAGUGGGAUUAUGUAGAAAGAUCAUUGGGUUCCAAUUUAAGCAUAAGUCCUACAUAUGAAGGCAUGAGAAAGGUGAUAAACCUUACCUAUAAUGGUCUUCCCAAGUGUUUGAAGACAUGCCUGCAAUAUGUGAGUAUGUAUCCUGAGCACUGCACGAUUUGGAAAGAUGAUCUAGUGAGGAGAUGGGUUGCUGAAGGUUUUAUAGAGGGAGACAGUGAGGUCAGUGCACAGAGCCACUUUGAAGAGCUAGUCUAUAGGGGAAUGAUCCAUCCUACAGACAUCGACUACAAUGAGCAAGUGUUGUCCUGUACAGUGCACCAUAUGAUACUUGAUUUUGUAAGAAACAAGUCUGCAGAAGACAAUUUUGUCACGACAGUAGACUACUCUCAGAACACCAGAGAACUUUCCAGCAAGGUUCGGAGAUUGUUUCUUUUCUACAGCACUGCAAAAUAUGCUGCAAAACUGUCAGGAAUCGCACUAUUGCAAGUUCGAUCCCUGGCCUUUUACGGAUUGGUCAAGUGUUUGCCUUCUAUUCAGGAAUUCAAAUUUCUUCGAGUCUUAGUCCUUCAUUUGUGUGGCGAUUGCAACGAUUCUACAAUAUUGAACCUCUCUGGAAUUAACAGACUAUUUCAGUUGAGAUACUUGAAGGUAACAUGCAACUAUUGCCUGCAACUACCAACCCAUAUGGGUGGGCUACACCGUUUGGAAACAUUGGAAAUAAAUGCAAUAGUAAGCACAGUUCCAGAGGAUAUAGUUCACCUCAAGUACCUAGUACACCUCUCUCUACCUCAGGAGACAAAGCUGCCUUAUGAGGUGGGUCGCCUGAGAUCUCUCCGCACCCUGAAAUGCUUUGAUUUUUGUGGCAAUUCGGAUGCCGAAAUAAAAAGCCUUCAGGAGCUAUCCUGCUUGGAGGAACUUCAACUUGUCUUAACGACAGCACCAUCUGACAGUGUGGACAGAAACCUGAAAGUUCUGUUCUCUAUUCUUGGGUGUCUUUAUGAACUCAAAUCUCUGGUUAUCGUUCGUGGUGCCUCAGUCUCCAAAGAUUCCAUUAUCAUCAUUGACUCUAGCAGCACGAGCUGUCCAAAUGACUGUCUUGAGAGACUUGAAUUGCAUCGUGGCACUUGCAUCUUGCGCAGCCUUCCUAAAUGGAUAGGACAACUAGGAAGCCUCUGCAUUCUUAAGCUCGGAGUCCUAGAGAUCCUGAAGAAUGAUGUGGACAGUUUUGCGGGACUGCAAGUGCUCAAGUUUCUUUCUUUAUAUGUACGGAGACCCACUUUCGAACCGAUCAUCAUUAGCAGUGGGGCAUUCCCAGCUCUCGAGCGUUUCAAUUUCAAAAGGGGUGUACUCUGCAUUGCCUUCAGGCCUGGUGCAAUGCCAAAACUACACAGCCUAAAACUAAGUUUCAAUGCCUACAGCGGAGUAGAGUUCGGCGGCAAUAUGCUUGUUGGCAUCGAGCACCUGUUAAACCUCCAGGAGGUUUCAGGACGAAUCGGGGCAGCUGUUGGUUCUAAGGAAUCUGAUAAGAGGACCGCAGAGUCUAUAUUGAAGGAUGCCAUUAGCAAGCAUUCGUUGAUUCCUAGGUUAAACAUACACGUUGUUGAUUGGAUUGAGGAGGACCGUGUGCCAGCAGGAGAUAUCAUGCCUUUGAAGACGCAGAUCAAUACAUUAUCUGGAGAUCAUGGAUUUUUUGGGGAAAAAUCGGAGGUCAAUACAAAUAAGGUUGAUGAAUGCAGGACUUCUUCCUUGUUUUUGGAUGCAGUUGUAACCUCUUCGGAUGUUCUGAAUUCAGGUGACCAAAAGAAAAAAUCAUAUGUGGAUGUCUCGAAAAGUACUAGUAGGAAACUAUCUACUACUACCGAUAUCAUGUCAUAUUUUUACGGGAAGGUUCCUCCAAUACAGCCACUGGAUAGUCAAUUGGCAUUAGAUGAUCUAGACGUCAUCAAAGUGAUUUGUAAACGUAGCAGUGGAAAUUUGCAAUUGGUCCGACACAAAUUUACUGGCCAGUUUUUUGUGCUGAAGGGUAUUGAAAUAAAUGUCGAUGAGAGUUUAGGCAUGCAGAUUGCCAAUGAGUUGAAACUAAGCUUAUCACUACAGUGCCAAUACAUUGUUGGGUUCUAUCAGUGUUUUUAUUUCGAUGGAACCAUUUCUAUUGUUUUGGAAUACAUGGAUGGUGGCUCCCUUGCAGAUUUCCUGAAGACUGUUAAAACCAUUCCAGUGGUCUUCCUUGCUGCUAUAUGUAAGAAGAUACUAAAAGGACUGAUAUACUUGCAUGAGAAGAACAUUAUACACCGUGAUCUGAAACCAUCAAAUAUAUUGAUAAAUCAUAGGGGUGAAGUAAAAGUAUCAGACUUUGGUGUAAGUGCCAUUAUUUCAAGCUCCUCUGGACAAAGAGAUACAUUUGUUGGCACAUGCUACUACAUGUCGCCUGAGAGAAUCAAUGGACAGAAAUAUGGUUUUAUGAGUGAUAUCUGGAGUUUGGGUCUACUAUUACUGGAAUGUGCAACCGGCAAUUUCCCAUCUGUUCCAUACGGCAACUUUUUUGAACUUCUCGAAGCUAUUGUUGAUCAAACACCACCAGAUCAGUUUUCAUCAGAAUUCUGCUCGUUCAUAUCUGCAUGGUAA